GUAAAUUAUGGCACUGCUGUUUCUUUUAUCUCUCUCUAUACUUCCCUCCUAUACUUUUCUUUUAGAUGACACAUGUAACACACUGGACUGCAAAAUGGACAACAUGAUGAAACUAAUAGAAAGGCAGCAGACCAUAAUAGACGACCAAUCAAAAAGGAUUAGUUUCUUGGAGGACCACUUGUCGACUGUGAUGAAAAGGCUGGAAGAGACCUCAUCAACUGGUGUACAGAUUACUAUUCCUUCUUUUUAUGCUGUAAAAUCGCGAGAUCAGCGAAAUCUUGCAAAAGGAGAAAGAAUCUUAUUCGAGACAGUAAUAACCAAUGUCAUGAAAGCCUUUGAUGUUUACACUGGUGUCUUCAAAGUUCCACUGAAAGGGACAUAUGCGUUUAGUUGGAGUAUCGCCAUGGACAACAUCGACAACCAUGCCUGCUUCUCUCUUGUUGUUAAUGACGUAGUGUUCGGACAAACAUACUUGUGGAACAACGGAAGUGACGCAGUUUCUACAGGAUUUUCCGUUGUAGAAGUCGAUACUGGUGAUGACGUAUUUAUGAGCAUCUGCAAUUCUAGUCAGCCAUUGGGCCAAAUUAUUAGUGACAUUUAUCGCAAGACAAGUUUUGCCGGUUGGUGCAUUGCAUGUUGAUAUUGCUCAUAUUAUAUGUUUAGAGAAUUAUUUAUUAGGAAUAAAAAUCAA